AUGUCGAAGUGGUCAGAUCUUCCUAGGGAUCUGGCCGAGGAGGUUUUCUUGAAGCUUCCUGUAACAUCUCUGAGAGGAGCACGAUGCACCUGCAAAAAGUGGAACACUUUAACCAAAGAUGAGAGCUUUACAAAGCUUCACCUCCGUGAAGCAGAAGCAAACAAGAAACAGAGGAAAGAGUUUGAGGUGGUCAUGGUUCUCGAAUAUAAAGCUUACUUGAUGAGCGUCGUCGAUCUCCUCUGUGAUCCAUCUAUAGAGCGUAUAGGCAAACUCGUCAGCCUUGGCGAUGACGCAUAUAUCAAUAUAUAA